CUUAUACGCCGGCAGGGCCAUCACUAGGUUGCGCACAUAAUAAAAUAAACAAAUGCCAGCGGUGAAAGUGCCCGCUGGAGGGCAUUAAACAACAGAUUGCAUUCCCAACCAGAGACCGGAGAACCAAAUUACAAUGCGGGACUGGAUGCCCAUACUCUUCUGCGGCCUCUCCGUGCCCCUCUCGCUGUUCAUGUGGCUGGGAAACGUGGCGUUAUCAAAAUUCUGGAGCGGCGAGUUCGAAGAGUCGCGGGUGAUUUCUCCGGCGCGAUGGCUCUUCUCCAUACUUUCUCCACUUGCCCUGAUGACCGUGGCUUUGAAGAGAGGCUCCGUAAACCGAUCCGGUGCAGCUCUCGGCAUUUUGGUUGCUUUCAUCCUGUCUGUGGCCAGUCAUCCGUUCUUCGCCAGCCUGGUGGUGUUCUUCUUCAGCUCUUCCCGAGCCACCAAGUUCCGGUCGAACAUGAAGCGGCGCUUUGAAAGUGACUUCCGCGAGGGCGAAGGCCAGCGUAACUGGGUCCAGGUGCUGUGUAACGGUGGCAUGGCCGCCCAACUGGCACUUCUUUACCUCCUCGACUGCGGCAGUGGUGAGAGAGCCAUUGACUUUGCUCGGGAAUAUAGGUCGAGUUGGCUGGGUGUGGCUGUGAUGAGCGCUUUUGCCUGCUGCAACGGUGACACCUGGUCCAGCGAGCUGGGAAGUGUUCUCUCUCGACGAGAUCCCGUGUCUAUCAUUACAUGGAGAAGAGUGCCACGCGGAACCAAUGGUGGCGUCUCAUUGCCUGGGAUCGUGGUGAGCCUUCUAGGCGGAUUACUUGUUGGCUUCGGUUACUUUGUCACCGUUCGUUACACGGUAGAGUCGAAGAUGCUACUGGUGAGCCCACCACAAUGGCCCAUUAUCCUAUUCGGCGGCAUUGCCGGGCUCUUUGGAUCGCUUCUCGAUUCAUUCUUAGGCGGCCUGCUGCAGUUUUCGGGCAUUAAUGCUGACGGAAAGAUUGUGGAUGCACCUAGAAAGGGCGUGCGGCACAUCAGCGGAUUACGAAUCCUGGACAACCAUAGUGUGAACCUAAUAUCCAGCAUCGUCACCGGCGUCACCAUUCCCCUUUUAGCCCAGAAAUUCUGGCCUGUGCGCUGAUGUUAUCUCGUUGACUGUUAUGCUCUAGCUCCUAGAGUCUCGGAAUAGGAGUACAUAUAUAUUUUUGUAAAGCUUCCACAACGCCAAGCGAACUAACAUACUAAAAGACUCGAAAAGAACAUAUUUAUAAUAUGGCACAGAUUGGCUCGGAAUGCUAAAACUCAUAUCUAUACAUAAAAGCCUUAACGACUGUCCAUUUAGUUUAUAGAUUAAGAAUUCCAUUAAACGACCCCGCAUGUUGACAUCAUA